AUGGAGUCAGUCCAGAAGGACCUUGCGUCUCUGCAGCUUGCAACCUCUUUUGAAAGCUUCUUCCAUGAGCCGAAGGCGAAAACCCAAGCACGCACGACUCGCGGGAUCCACGCCAGGAGCCAACCUCAUCCAACGGACGAUGGGUGCCAGAGCUGCUCUUUUCGGGAACCACCAGAUUGUGGGAAGGGCCGAAGCACGGAGGGAAGAAAGCAGGUGCUGCGCAACACGUUCAUCGAACUUGUUGAAGAUGGCUCCCCUGCCAAUGCAGGCCUGGACCUCGUUCUAACUACUUCUCGAUGUGAGCAGGGUGCCUUUGCGGCGUCACGGCUCUCCAGCAAGAGCCUGGAUCAGCUUCAGGGCGAUGGCUUCUCAAGCAACUGCUUGAUGCGCGCCAGCUCGGACUCUGUUCUCUACGAGGGUUACUCGCCCAACCAGGCCCCUCAGGAGGUUCAGGAGACCAAGGCGCCGCAGAAGCCCCUGCCGCCCGUGAAGGACUUCAAGGACUUUCCUUCGGAUGAGCCAAUCGAGUUCGAGCUCAAUGGCUGGAGCGACACGGAGACGAAUCCAGACACCAAGGAAGGUGAGAAGUCCUUGCCACUGCCUUGCUACUCUCACAUCAAGGACUUCCCCAGCGGAGAGAGCACGCCUCACACGGCGCAGGCAGCAGGACAUGACGACUUUGACCAGUACGUCGCACGAACACCGAGUCCAAGAGGCAUGGACUGGCCCAGUGGCUUUGGCGAAGCAGGCCAGAUCCCGAAGGAGGAGGACAUGAGGUCCGACCCAAUGCCGGGACUUGCCCCUCCGACUCACAGCCGCGUCUCCUCGUCUGACGUAGCGCUCGACAACAAAAGUGCCGCCUCGAAACAGGACCUGCAGAGGCUAGCGGCGGAGGUGGCCAGAUUGGCACAGGAGAACGAGUUUCUUCGCCAGCGGGUCAUGGCACAGGAACAGCGAAAGGACGAGUCGAAGAGCCAGGGCGAGUCGCAGCCGGCAGCUACGACUCCCGUUCAGCAAGAGAGCAGCAACAUGGGCUGGGCCACGGUGUUGAUGCCGGUGAGCUUCGGUCCCGGGUCGGGCAAUGGUUCUAUGCAGGACUCUGCUGAUUCCUGGAUGGGUCCUCACGGCCCGCACAGCCAGGAGUUGGGCCAGGACAGCCAACAGGCCCGGCGACGCCGUUUCCGCCAGAAGGGCGAGGCGGAGUUCGAGGCAGAGCUGAACCUUCAGAAAGGCAGGCAGGUUCGUGGCACUGCCGUCCCGACGAAGCCUGUCGAGUGCGAUCUACCCAUGGAAGAGUGUACAACUGUGAUGCUUCGAAACUUGCCCAACAACUACACGCGAGCGAUGCUGUUGGCGAUGCUUGACAGUGAAGGCUUUGAGGGCAAGUACAACUUUCUGUACUUGCCGAUCGACUUUCAGAGCCGCGCCUGUCUAGGCUAUGCGUUUGUUAACUUGGUGGACCCCUCCUACGUGGCCCAAUUCUGGGCCAAAUUCAGCGGCUAUUCAAAGUGGGUGCUGCCAAGCAAGAAGGUGUGUGGAGUGAGCUGGAGCGGACCGCAUCAAGGGCUGGAGGCUCAUGUGGAGCGGUACCGCAACAGCCCUGUCAUGCACGAGAGUGUGCCGGACGAGUACAAGCCGGUGGUUCUGCAAAACGGCAUUCGGGUGGCCUUCCCGGAACCCUCGAAGGCUCCGAGGCCCCCUCGCAUUCGCCAGCAUCAUCACAGCCACAUGGACGGCAAGGUCGCAGGCUGGCAGCACAGGCGGCAAUCUGGGGAUGCUCCAAGGAUGCCCAUGGCAGUUGGAGCUCUGCCAGUGGGAUCGCUUUCGCGUUCCUGA